AUGGGGAAAGAGCCACGCAUUGGGGGCUGGGGGGAGCUGUUGCUCUAGUCUAGCGGGCCUCGGAGGGCUCCUGCUGAGGCCAGGCUUCGCCUUUCUGCCCCAUUCCCGUUCCUGGGCCGCCUGGGCUUCCAUGAUGGUAACUGGGGAGGGAAAGGGUUCAGACUGGACGACCCGGUGGUUUUUGUUAACUUCUCUCUUCUCUUCCUUCUUCCAUGUGUUUGGGAAUCAGCUGCGCUGGCCUUUGCAAAAAAAGGAAACCCCCAAAGCUGCACUAGUAUUAUGGCCUCAUUAGGACCACCAGUUCCCAACAAGGGCUUUCGUUUCACACCCUAAUAAAAAAAAAAUCUCCCUGAGGCAUCAUGAAGCCUACCUCGCAGGAUGGUUGUGGGGAUAAAAUAGAGGAGAAGCAGGACCAUGUAAGUCGCUUAGGGUCCCCAUUGGUGAGAAAGGCGGGGCACAAAUUAAUUUUAAAAGGGGUGGGGAGAGACAGAGCAAGUGUCGCUACAGUUUGUAGUAACCUUAAGGCUUCUUUUUUUUAAAAAGGAAAGUGGACCUUAAUUGGUAGUACGGGUUUCUGUCCCUCUAAUAUUAUGGUAGCCUAGAUAGCAUGCUAGAAUUUCUUCAUAUUUUGUAUGCUCACUUUUCCCUGUUCCAGACUGGAAAACCAACCUGGGGGAUGGGAGGUUAAGGGAAUUUAAACAUCUGCCCCAAACCAAACUUAAAACAAAAUGAUAAAUCCAGGUGUUGCUGUAGAAAUAAGUAAAAAUACCAGAAGACAGUCACAACGAAUUAAAUAUAGAAGGACACUGUAAACUUUGUUGGCCUGUGGUAUACAGAAGCUGUUUUCUGUGGAGGCAGAGUUUGAAGAUGAGGAUUUUGUGUUGGCUAUGGAAGAUGUAGAGAAGCAGAUCCCAGACCCAAUUCCUACCAGUUCAAGAUGUUCAGCCGCACUGAGAAGCCCCAGCAACACCGUUGAGGCUUUGUCCCCAGUCUUGCCCAUUCAAAACUACUCCAGACUAAGAUGUUUGCAGGACUGCAGUGCCAGUGAGAGCAAAACCAACCAGGUGGCGUCUCCUUCUGUGGCUGCCUUCAAGGUUCAAGAGGACCAGACGGCCUUGUCAGCCCAAAGUAGACCAAGCCCUUCAACCACAAGGUUCAAAUUUGUGAAGAGAAAUCAACCUAUGCCUUCCACUCAUGGCGAUUUUGACAAUGAGCUGUUCUUGGCUGCCUGCAUGGAUCUGGAAAAGUCUGCCACGUCACCGGGUUCAGGGCCUUCUACCUCUGGCUGCGAGAGGAUGCAGGAUCACGUUGUUAGUGAUGCAGCAAUGGCCAAGAAAAUGCGGGGGACAGAGUCAGUGAUGCUGAGCAAUACUGUUGGUGUGGAGACAUCCCAGUUGAAAAGGACUCUGAAGGAAAGCUCAGUGGGGGUCAGCGGCCAUCUCCAGCCAGCAGAGGCUUCUCCAGGUUUGGUUCUGAGGCCCACUGCUGUGGGAUCCUGCCCCUCACAGUCUAACCCAGGAAUGGGCAUCAUUUCAAGCCCCGGUUGCCAGCUGCCUAAGUCUCUGGAUCAGCCUGUUGCUGGGUCCUACAACUCAUGCCUGACUCUUGUUAGAUCAUCCUCCCCUUCAGGGAUUGCCCUUCCAAGACCACAGCUAUCCGGCCAGAGUUCUGUCACGCCUGAGAGGGCAAAUCGGGGUGCUCAGCUCCUUACUGCUUAUGGUUCCUCGACGGGAUCUGCGGAGUCCUCACCUGCCAUGCCUAGAACGCCUACUUCUUCUGGAAGCCUCCAAAUGCCUGUGGUCACGAACCAUCUUGUCCGCCUGGUAACGGCAGCUAAAAACCCACCUCAGCCGUUCACUCCCAUUCCUGAAUGGGCCAAGACUCGCCGCUUCCCUGGACCUGCUGGCAUUCUGCCACACCAACCUGAUGGGAAAAACCUGGAAGAGAUCAUGGUUUCAGCUCCGCAGACACCUACUCAUGGGGCUCUGGCAAAACUACGAACAAAGGAAAUGCCUGCCUCCCAGCUGCUAGUGGAAGAGGACAGUGGCCGAGGCGCCUGGAUUGCCAUGAAAACUGAGCUGGGUUUGGACGAGAGGGACCCGUCUUGCUUCCUCAGAACAUACAGCGUGGUCAUGGUGCUCCGGAAGGCGGCUCUCAAGCAGCUUCCAAAGAACAAAGUUCCCAAAAUGGCGGUGAUGAUUAAGUCACUGACAUGGACCAACGUUGACGCAGGCGUCAUAUUCAAAGACUCGACUGGGGAAAUGCAAGGCACAAUACAUCGUCUCUUGCUGGAGCAAAGAGAGGGAGAAUUUAAAGCUGGCUCGGUUCUUCUGCUAAAGCAGGUGAGUGUGUUCUCUCCAUCUCACCGCAACCACUACCUUAACGUGACACCCAACAAUUUGGUGAAGGUCUAUCCACCUGGACUCAGUAUCAGGAAGCCCCUGCAAGAAAUCAGGGAAAGAAUGGAGACAUCUCUGUCCCAGGCGGUGUUGGGGCUCCAGCAGGAUUCUCCUACAGGUGCCCCACCAGCCAUGGCUGCAACGGACUGCGGGAAGGGGCAGAGCUGCAAGAUGAGUGAAAAUCGCUGCCAGAGUCCACUGGCCUCAAUCAAAGGAUCACCACUACUGGAAGCCAGUAGAAUGGGCAAGUCAGUGCCGAAUGCAUCCUCCCCAAAGGCUGAUUCAGAUGACCUGGACCAGCUUCUCAGCGAGCUGCCCGAUGAAUUUUUCUCCAACUCAGAUGCACAGAGUGCUCUAAGACGAUUCCCCGCGGUUUCAAGUUAGAGGAUUCUUGCUGCGGCCGAACCAAGGACAUAGCCCUGAGUUCUGAGGAUAACUCUUGCUCUCCUGCAUUGGCUGGAGCUCAUGAGAGGACACCUACACAGAACAGAGAGAAAUGUGGACCUUUUUCUGGUGACAGGAUAUAGCUAAGCCCCUCCUGUGGCACCACUGGUUCUUGGAGGUGGGGGAUCCUCCCCGCAGCUUCUCGUACCGCUUGCAGGCCAUCCUUUUGUUUGACAAUUCACUCUGUUGCUUUAAGGAUGCGUGUGGCAGAAAUACUUGCACCAGCAACGUCCAGCCUUGUUGACUCUGGCACACGUUGCCCCACCUGUUUCUGUCUGCGUCCAGACUUGUUUUGCUCUCGGAGCCCCACGUGAUUGUCCCACAAGACUAUUAAACAUCCGCCGUUCCUUUUGGUUUGAAAUGCAAGCGCCUCUGUUGGUGUCCUGUUACAAACGCUCAAUUGCAACAUGGUCCAUCUUGUAAACAAUCUUAAAGGAGCACAGAACACAUUGCAUCAAAACAGACACACGUUGCACUGAAUUUUGCAGGGAUGUCUUUGGGUGUAUGGGGGGGGGGGGGGGGAAUUUCUCAUCCCCUCACUGAAUCGUUGCCUUCCUUUUCUGUUGAAUAUUUUGGCUGGUUUGUUUGUGUGCCAUCAUUAUUUUCAGAGAAGAAAUAAAAUUACGGGUAUGGGUGGGUCAGUGUUUAUACAAA